AUGAACACAAGCUCGGAGCAAGCAGUGGCAGCUUCUUCCGACAAUUCAGAUUAUAUCACAAUCUCUACAGAAACAAUUAGAACGUCUCCUCUUGAGGUUCAUAAAGUGUGUCUUCCUCCUCAUGCUACCACAUUUCAAAAACUCAAGCACAGACUUCGUGAAAUUUUCUUCCCCGAUGAUCCCCUCUACGUGUUCAAGAACCGGACUUUUCGCAGAAAAAUUGCUCUGGGUUAUCAGUAUGUGUUUCCUAUAUUACAAUGGGCUCCUACUUACAAUCUUGCACUCUUUAGAUCUGAUCUUAUAGCCGGACUCACCAUUGCCAGCUUAGCCAUCCCUCAGGGCAUUAAUUAUGCUAAGCUUGCAAAUCUGCCUCCGGUAAUUGGACUAUAUUCAAGCUUUGUGCCACCAUUGAUAUAUUCUGUACUUGGGAGUUCAAGACAUAUUGGCAUUGGUCCAGUUUCAAUAGCAUCAUUGGUUAUGGGCACCAUGUUAAACGAAGAGGUUUCUUUUGCUAAAGAAAGAGAUCUCUACACAAAACUUGCUUUUAGGGCUACUUUAUUUGCUGGUAUUUUUCAAGCGUCGUUGGGAUUUUUUAGGUUAGGUUUCAUUAUAGAUUUUCUAUCAAAGGCAACUCUGAUUGGAUUUAUGGCUGGAUCAGCAGUGAUUGUGUCUCUCCAACAACUUAAAGGAUUGCUUGGGAUUACUCAUUUUACUAGCGAGAUGCAAAUCUUUCCUGUUAUGGAGUCUGUUUUUGGUAACAUAAAGGAGUGGACUUGGGAAACCAUUGUUAUAGGCCUUAUUUUCCUAAUUUUUCUUCUGAUAGCCAGGCAAAUUUUGAGUCCAACCAAAAUGAAACCGAGGCUCUUCUGGGUUUCAGCUGCAGCUCCUUUAACAUCCGUUAUUCUAUCCACUCUUUUGAUUUUUCUUCUCAAAUCCAAAUUACAACAUGUUCCCACAAUUGGUUAUUUAUCAAAGGGAGUGAACCCGCCUGCAGCAAACAUGCUAUAUCUUCAUGGUCCUCAUCUGGCCCUUGCUAUUAAAACAGACUUAAUAACUGGCAUCUUAUCUCUCACUGUAAGCAGUCCUGAAAUUUUUGUGUCAUUUGCCUUCAAUUUUUAG